CAGGCGCCUGCCACCGUGCCCGGCUGUUUUGUAUUUUUAGUAGAGACAGAGUUUCACCAUCUUGGCCAGGCUGGUCUUGAACUCCUGACCUCGUGAUCCACCCGCCUUGGGCUCCGAAAGUGCUGGGAUUACAGGCGUGAGUCACCGCACCCGGCUUGUAAACUCUUAAAUUUUGUAUAGACACAAUCAUACAAGUUGUGGGAGUCAAAAUGAAGGAAACGGGUGGUUACAUGGCAGGUAUAUUUAAUGCCAUACAUCUUAAGAAAUUGGAGGUGGGAAAGGGAGCCCUGGAGAGGGAGACAAAGGAAAUAGUUGAAAAGGAAUGCAAACAAGAAAAGGAGGAAUUGAAAGCUGAAGUGAAAACCAGGCACAAGAAAAGCUCCGCUCCUUCCUUCACUGCCCACUCGAAUGAAUGAAUCCUGUUUGGUUUCCUGAAUCUUCCUUCUGCUGGCCACUCCGCUUGGUCCAUCACUUCUUUCAGCUUGCCCUUAUCCUAAACAGCUUUCUUUAACCCAGUCAUAAUCUUAAUUUCCUGUUCCUUCUCUCUCCCGUCCCACCCACAAAAAAGCCCUCCUCUUUGUCAUUUUGGGGGAUUUUUCACUUAAGAUGUGAGCCGCGCGCUGCGGGUGCGGCGAGGCUGGCCCUAUAAAAAUGUUUCUGUUUCUGACAUCCUCGUGCAGAUACGCAGACGUCUCUACCUACAGGAUCAUGGGCUAGGGGGUGCUCAAUCACAGCAGCCAGCGUUGGAAGGCGCCUUGCAAAGUAUUAACAGCACUAUCAAACUUUAAUUGCGUAGUUCGGAACCAGAUAUGUGAGGAAACUGGGUCCUCCACGGUAGGCCACCUCGCCCAAUCUCACAGGAUAGUUACAGGCUGAGUUCGGCAGCGGGACCCAGUUUCCUCCUGAGAGAAGUCCAGGUAAAGGUUUACGGUUGCCACAGGUCGGUCCUGACGAAAACCGCAAGCUGCGCCAAAUCUCGCGCAGCGGGGCGGGAGGGCGGGCGGGGAAUGUAAGGUAUCGCGAGAUGACAGGAUUUUCCCGCGAAAGAGAAGCGCGCUUUUUUCGCUGGCGGGGGAUUUGGCUAGAAGGCUGGGCCGGAGGCGGCUGUGAGGAGUUAGCUCGCGGCAUUGCAGGCUCUGAGUGGAGGGGACCCGGUUCCCGGGUGAGUGUCCAGGCAUGCCAGCGGAACGGCCCGCGGGCAGCGGCGGCUCGGAGGCUCCGGCAAUGGUUGAACAACUGGACACUGCUGUGAUUACCCCGGCCAUGCUAGAAGAGGAAGAACAGCUUGAAGCUGCUGGACUAGAGAGAGAGCGGAAGAUGCUGGAAAAGGCUCGCAUGUCUUGGGAUAGAGAGUCGACAGAAAUUCGGUACCGUAGACUUCAACAUUUGCUUGAAAAAAGCAAUAUCUACUCCAAAUUUUUAUUGACGAAAAUGGAACAGCAACAAUUAGAGGAACAGAAGAAGAAAGAAAAAUUGGAGAGAAAAAAGGAGUCUUUAAAAGUUAAAAAGGGUAAAAAUUCAAUUGAUGCAAGUGAAGAGAAGCCAGUUAUGAGGAAAAAAAGAGGAAGAGAAGAUGAAUCAUACAAUAUUUCAGAGGUCAUGUCAAAAGAGGAAAUUUUGUCUGUGGCUAAAAAAAAUAAAAAGGAGAAUGAGGAUGAAAACUCCUCCUCUACUAAUCUCUGUGUGGAAGAUCUUCAGAAAAAUAAAGAUUCGAAUAGUAUAAUUAAAGAUAGAUUGUCUGAAACGGUUAGGCAGAAUACUAAAUUCUUUUUUGACCCAGUCCGGAAGUGUAAUGGUCAGCCAGUACCUUUUCAACAACCAAAGCACUUCACUGGAGGAGUGAUGCGAUGGUACCAAGUAGAAGGCAUGGAAUGGCUUAGGAUGCUUUGGGAAAAUGGAAUUAAUGGCAUUUUAGCAGAUGAAAUGGGAUUGGGUAAGACAGUUCAGUGCAUUGCUACUAUUGCAUUGAUGAUUCAGAGAGGAGUACCAGGACCUUUUCUUGUCUGUGGCCCUUUGUCUACACUUCCUAACUGGAUGGCUGAAUUCAAAAGAUUUACACCAGAUAUCCCUACAAUGUUAUAUCAUGGAACCCAGGAGGAACGUCAAAAAUUGGUAAGAAAUAUUUACAAACGGAAAGGGACUUUGCAGAUUCAUCCUGUGGUAAUCACGUCAUUUGAAAUAGCCAUGAGAGACCGAAAUGCGUUACAGCAUUGCUAUUGGAAAUACUUAAUAGUAGAUGAAGGACACAGGAUUAAGAAUAUGAAGUGCCGUCUAAUCAGGGAGUUAAAACGAUUCAAUGCUGAUAACAAACUUCUUUUGACUGGUACUCCCUUGCAAAACAAUUUAUCAGAACUUUGGUCAUUGCUAAACUUUUUGUUGCCAGAUGUAUUUGAUGACUUGAAAAGCUUUGAGUCUUGGUUUGACAUCACUAGUCUUUCUGAAACUGCUGAAGAUAUUAUUGCUAAAGAAAGAGAACAGAAUGUAUUGCAUAUGCUGCACCAGGAAAGAAUUCCUAGAAUGUAUGUGUCAGAGUUUACAGAUGAGGGCUUCUUUGAAGGCAAAUUGCCCUCCAGAAAAGAUUUAUAUGAUAUACGUCCAUAUGAAAAUACUUAUUUACUCAAGCUUCAUACCAAUUUUGAGAUUUUAACACCUUUCUUAUUGAGAAGACUGAAGUCUGAUGUUGCUCUUGAAGUUCCUCCUAAACGAGAAGUAGUCGUUUAUGCUCCACUUUCAAAGAAGCAGGAGAUCUUUUAUACAGCCAUUGUGAACCGUACAAUUGCAAACAUGUUUGGAUCCAAUGAGAAAGAAACAAUUGAGUUAAGUCCUACUGGUCGACCAAAACGACGAACUAGAAAAUCAAUAAAUUACAGCAAAAUAGAUGAUUUCCCUAAUGAAUUGGAAAAACUGAUCAGUCAAAUACAGCCAGAGGUGGACCGAGAAAGAGCUGUUGUGGAAGUGAAUAUCCCUGUAGAAUCUGAAGUUAAUCUGAAGCUGCAGAAUAUAAUGAUGCUACUUCGUAAAUGUUGUAAUCAUCCAUAUUUGAUUGAGUAUCCUAUAGACCCUGUUACACAAGAGUUUAAGAUCGAUGAAGAAUUGGUAACAAAUUCUGGGAAGUUCUUGAUUUUGGAUCGAAUGCUGCCAGAACUAAAAAAAAGAGGUCACAAGGUGCUGCUUUUUUCACAAAUGACAAGCAUGUUGGACAUUUUGAUGGAUUACUGCCAUCUCAGAGAUUUCAACUUCAGCAGGCUUGAUGGGUCCAUGUCUUACUCAGAGAGAGAAAAAAACAUGCACAGCUUCAACACGGAUCCAGAGGUGUUUAUCUUCUUAGUGAGUACACGAGCUGGUGGCCUGGGCAUUAAUCUGACUGCAGCAGAUACAGUUAUCAUUUAUGAUAGUGAUUGGAACCCCCAGUCGGAUCUUCAGGCCCAGGAUAGAUGUCAUAGAAUUGGUCAGACAAAGCCAGUUGUUGUUUAUCGCCUUGUUACAGCAAAUACUAUCGAUCAGAAAAUUGUGGAAAGAGCAGCUGCUAAAAGGAAACUGGAGAAGUUGAUCAUCCAUAAAAAUCAUUUCAAAGGUGGUCAGUCUGGAUUAAAUCUGUCUAAGAAUUUCUUAGAUCCUAAGGAAUUAAUGGAAUUAUUAAAAUCUAGAGAUUAUGAAAGGGAAAUAAAAGGAUCAAGAGAGAAGGUCAUUAGUGAUAAAGAUCUAGAGUUGUUGUUAGAUCGAAGUGAUCUUAUUGAUCAAAUGAAUGCUUCAGGACCAAUUAAAGAGAAGAUGGGGAUAUUCAAGAUAUUAGAAAAUUCUGAAGAUUCCAGUCCUGAAUGUUUGUUUUAAAGUGGAGCUCAAGAAUAGCUUUUAAAAGUUCUUGUUUACGUCUAGUGAUUUCCCUGUAUUGGGUUUGAAAUACUGAUUGUCCACUUCACCUUUUUUAUUAUAUCAGUUGACAUGUAACUAGUACCAUGCGUACUUAAAUAGAUGGUAAUUUUCUGAGCCUUACCAAGAACAAAGAAGUAUCCAUAUUAAGUUUAGAUUUUCAGUUAAUUUUUGAGACUGAGUAGUAUUCUUGGAUACAGGCUGAUGUGUACUUAACCACUUCCAGAUUUAUACAGUCUUCCUGUGGAAGUUUAGUAAAUGUCUUUUUCCCUCCUUUCUUCUAGUAAUGCAGUUCAUGGGCUUUAGGUACUUCAGUUAUGAAGUAGGCUUUUCAUGGGGAGAGAUUGGGAUUAUGCUCUCUGUUGUUUAAGAAACUGUUUGAUUUUAGAGUCUAUUUCUAUGAGAUAGUUUACCAAAUAAAUGUUCCUUAUAAGAUGA